GUCAUAAAAAUAUUAAUUAUUAAUUUAAUUAAUUAAAAUUGAUUUUAAAUUUUGAGGAGAAAAGAAUAUAAAGGAGCAAUAAGAUUAUUAAUAAAAAUUAUAUUUUAAUCGAAAUUUAUACAUUUCUUUUUCGCCACCGCGGAAUAUUCCUGUAAAUUUGUUUCCAGAAUAGAAAAGGAGAUAAAAUUUAAGCAAUUUUAAAUAAUGAUAUUAAAAGAGUGGAUGUGUAUAUAUUAUAUGUUCUUUAUAUAUUGUUGAAUACUAAGAUUUCGAGAAGAAAAUUUCUGCCGUGUUGCAAAAAUAUGAUCCUGAGCCCCAACUUGAAGCGCAUUAUCGUUACAUCCUUUUAGUACUGAAAGAGUUCUCAAACAAGAAGGUGAGAAAAGAAUAAUAAUAAAAAUGGAAAGUGUAAAUGUAUUUGAAUUUUCCGCUGCAAUGACUGCAUUGGAGUUAGUUCGAAAUAAUGUGACUGAUAGUGAUUCUUUGCUGUCAUUUAAACAAGCAGAAAUUCAACAGAAGCUGCAAACCAGAAUCCGGAAUGGCGAACGUGGUGUUCAUGUAACUGUCUCACACUGGAAAGAGGCACCUCCUAGGGCUGAUUGGCAUUAUUGUUGGCCCUUGGACGAAGAGGCGUCCAAAGGGACUCCCUGUGCCCAAGAGGAUUACACUUGGACACAAGAAUAUCGUUGGGUAUGGGGACAACGUUAUGAGACGAGGAAUUAUUGGUGUCCCUCGUCAUUCAUAUUUCCAUCAGUGAUUGCCAUUCCGCAAUCAGAGCAAAUGGAGAAAGUCAUUGGUCCGUUGGGCGUAAAUAUCUCCCAAUUCGAUUAUUGUCAUAUUUAUGCAAUUCCACGGCGUCGGGGAUACCGCCCUGUAAACCCGGCGAUUGAAUUGAUUUUUAUACAGGAGUAUGAAAAAGAUUGGGAAGAAUUAACCUUAUUGCGUCAUCGCUGGGAAACAAGAUGGGCUGUGGAAUUGAACACCGUUUGGUUGGGGUGUUAAAAUAAGGUUGGCUGGGACAUGUAUAAUCAGGCAACGUGUUUUAUAAGUAUUAAAUAAGCAAUAAAAAUUAUUUUAUAUCAAUGUCUUAUUUUAACGAAACUUUAAACAACACAAAAAAAAAAUUGUGGAACUAUAUUAAUGUAUUUUAUAAGAAUUGACAUUCAAGUAUUCUAGUGUAACCUUCAGGUGAAUUCUUGAAAUAAAUAUGGUAGUCUCUUUUAUUUUUGCAAUUCUGCUGACGUGUUUAAUUCAUGAUCCCACGUCUUUAUGUUAGUACACACAUUAGUAUAUAAAUUGUAACUUUUCUCAUUUAACUUAUUUAUUCAUUUGUUUUAAAGAGGUCUUUCUAGAUUUGAAAUUAUUUGUUAAGAAUCCAUCAAAUCAUUUAAAACUUUAAGAAAAUUAAGGUUUAAUACUAUCUUAAAAUGAAACAAAUUGUUCGAUAAUAAUUAACGUCAUACCAAUUUUGAUUAGUUAUGAUUUAAGAGAGGGAAUAAAAUUCUAGAUUUUAAUAUAAAAAUAAUUAUGAUGCAAGAGAAAAACAAAAACAACAACCAACAACCAAUUACGACAACCUUUAAAUUUUUAAUAUCCAAACAAAUAUGUCAAU